AGGUGCUGGUCAGUGACCCAUGCUGGUUCUGUGGGCUCUUGGGUCCCUUUCUCCUUGCUUAUUACAGCAGACCUGCAGAAGCAGGGCCUUGCAUGCUUUUAAACAACCAGUGCUCAGCUGAUAGGCCAGGCAGAUGUUGUGUUCCUCUGUUGCCUCCUGGCACAUGUACUGUCCAUCUGCUAUGUCAUUCAGCCUGUCAUCCAGAGCCCCUGUGUUGUGUACAGCCUUGUCACUGCCAUCAGACCUUGUUUGACUGCACUGCUUGUGCAGGCAACAUGUCCCUGUAGUGCCCCAGGGAAGGUAGGAGUCAAUGCUGAAUGGCUGGUGACUGUUUUCUCUGCAGCCCUGAAAAGCAGCACGUGGCAGAGCCUGCCUCCCCAGAAGGCACUGAAAUUACUUAAUGACCUCCAUUUCCCUUAACGCUACCCCGUCUGCGCAGAGCACAAAACUUCCUGCCCACAGUUUGUGUGCAAGAGUUUCAUCAGCAAAGAUUUUGCCUCUUCAGUGACUCUAGAGGAGGCUUUUCCCUGGUUUGACCUGACAGCUGCGCAACUGAGAGAGUCUCCCUUUAGCCAGCUGCUGGAAAUGAGUAAGCUUGUCCAGAGCCAUCUUGCCCUACUAUACCAGGCAGCCUUUAGAGACUGGCCUACAAAGCAAGGUGGGCCUAUCAGCUCUAAGACAUCUCUUCCUUCAGCUGCAGCGGAGCCUGGUAUGACAUUGGAUGAGAGGACUUCAUUCUCCAUAGCUGCUUCCAACAUUUUCUCAGAAAGUCCAGAGGAAAUAACUAUUAUUCUAAACCCUUAUAAACUCUAACUAAGCCUAUAUCAGAAAGCUUUGCUGAGAUCUCAUCCCAGCCUCCUCCCAGGAUGGAGGGAUACAAGAGCCAGCACUGUUCAUUCUUAGUGUCUCCAGCCAAAUACCCAAUGUACACAUUUGCUUCUACAAGUUUUACCCUUUAGGCUGCUCAGCAGACUUGCUCCUCUCUAACUGCCUGAGUCUUGCCUUAUUUUGGUCUGAAUUUGCUUAUUACCUAGCCAUCUUGGUCUACAAACUGCUUCCGUUUCACUGGGUUUCUGUUGCAGUUUCACUAGAAAGCUGAAAUGCAAAACCAAAUUACAGUUA